AUGGAUUUUCAAAUGUACAAUGAUGCUGAAAAGCAACAAAUUCAGAGAAUAAUUGAACAAAAACAGAUGCGAGACUUUUUAAAAUUUUACACCAAUUUGGUUGAACGAUGUUUUAAUGAUUGCAUUAAUGACUUUACUUCAAAAGCUUUAACUUCAAAAGAGGUAAGGUAA